GGUCUGACUGACUGCUCGGCGCCGCUGUCGCAAAGGUGAGUGUCGCUGGUUUCAGCGGCGUUACAAGGAUUUUCAGGUAACUUUAUGGGUUCGGUCGACACAGGAUGGGCAGUGGUGUUCACUUCACGACGAAUAUAUAAUUCUUACUCUCUUUUUUGGCCAAAUGAAGUAAAAUUAUGCAGCGCACGCUUCUGACGCAAUGACAUUUUUUUCCGCUUGUACGGGUGUUUUUUACAUGGUAAAGCUAAAGUAACUAGCAAGUCAGUGUUGUGAUCGAGGGCUGCUAGUAAACAAGUCGUAAAUAAAUACGGCCUUUUAAAUGCGUUCCCGAAAUGAAAAUAGAUUUGAAUAUAUGGUUUUCUAGCUAAGUAUCUGAAAAGGAUUUGUCUGUAUAAUAACUGUAAAGUUAAAUAUGUCAUAUCAAGAACGUAAUGUUUUUUUCCGUUUUGUCUCACACAUAAUUAAUUUCCACCGGCUUUGGUCGUGUGGCAGUGCAGAUUCUGAUUUUGAUUCUGAUUAGAUAAACAUGGAUACAGAUUUCCUCAUGGCACUUGGUGGUCUUCACCUGUGCAAGAAAUGCAGUUUUUUCCUUGGUGUGAGGAAAUUGUGCUCGGAUCUGCAGCAGAGCGCAAGAUUUCUGCACUCAGCCAAUGUACAGUUUUCCAGCAUCCCUCAGAGUACAUUUGCUGCUAGACCCGCCUGCGGUCCAGCAUGGCCUGUUGGUAUCACUGGGCGUUUCCAUAAACCUCCCCAAACUGAGACCUGGAAAGUGACAGUGUGCCAGUAUAGCGACACGACCGGCGUUACCCUUGCAGGCCGAGAUAACCAGCAGCUUCCUGCUGACCCUGCCCAAACUGGCCUCAUAUCCAAGCAGUCACUGUUUGGCACGCUCCCCCUUUCUGACAGCCAGGCACCCCUGUUGGAUCUGGAUGGUUCCCCGCCCCUUGCUCCCUUUGAGGAGAUCAGUGAGGAGGAGGCUGUGCAGAUUCACGCCGCACCGGCCCUGCCCACCGUCUCCGUCUCUCUCGGGGAUUACGUCGACCGAUCAGAGACGCUGCAGCAGCUGCUGAAGUUAGGUGUUAACCUGAGCAAGUUGGAGCAGAGGCCCAAUGUUGGAUCCAUGCUGCUUCGGCUGGAUUUCCAUGCCGACGUGAAGGACCGGCUGCUUUUCCUGAAGGACGUGGGUGUGGGAGACUCACGGCUUGGGACCUUCAUCACCCAUAACCCUUUCAUCCUCACAGAGGGCCUGGAGAACCUUCGAGCCAGGGCCACAUACCUGAGGUCCAAGAAGUUCAGCCGGGAGUCUGUAGCAACCAUGGUGUCCAAAGCCCCUUAUUUACUCAAUUUCAGCAUUGAGAGGCUUGACAACCGCUUGAACUUCUACCAGCAAACACUGGGCCUCAGCACAGAGAAGACCAGAAACCUUGUGGUUCGUCUUCCAGGGCUGCUGUGUAGGAGUUUGGAACCAGUGAAGGAGAACCUGAAGGUCUGUGAGCUGGAGCUGGGCUUCCGUCCCAAUGAAAUCCAGCAUAUUGUCACCGCAGUCCCUAAGGUGCUCACUGCUAACAAAAAGAAGCUGACUGAGAUCUUUAACUAUGUCCACAACACGAUGGGCAUCCCUCACGCUCUCAUCACCAAAUUCCCCCAGGUUUUCAAUUCAAGGCUUCUUCGGAUCCGGGAGAGACACCUGUUCCUCCAGUACCUACAAAGGGCCCAGUAUGACCCGGCAAAGCCCAGUUACAUUUCCCUGCACUGCUUCGUGUCCCUGCCAGACCGGGUCUUCUGCUCUGACGUGGCAAAAGCAACCUUGGAGGACUUUGAGCUGUUUCAGAAGACCCUGUAAUUUUAAAACCAGCUGUUUCUCUCCCAUUUGUAUGUCAGUAGGAAAUGUUAAUGUGUAAAUAAGUUAGUAAGUAAGGUCAGACGUUUAAGGAUUGUUUUCUUCUGUAAAAUUAAAGAGUGUUGGACCAGCUAUGUGGCUACCAUGUUGGGUUUUUUUCAGUUACAUUUAAUAAUUAUUUUAGCUAAUAAGGGCUGUCAGUUUAAGCAAUGCUUGCAGUUUUACUGCUACAUUUCCAGCCAUUUACCUCCAGAACAGACUGAUUGUUUUUAAAACCUUUGUGUACAAUGUCUUCAUGCACUUUUAAAAUAUUGUGUCUGAAAUGACACAUGAUGAUGAUCACAAUAGUAUUUUUUCUUCACUUUCAAAGAUUAAGUGUGACUUACAGGUUUAUGGGCUUAACUGUGGAAACGAAAUAUAAAACCUGAAGAAAGAAUGUUCAACUUUAUUAAUCUAGAUAAACCACCUAAUGGUUCAGGAAUGAUGAUCUAUUAAGUUAUAAUUUAUACAAUAAAAUAAGUUGUUAAUUCCAA